CUGACAGAAGAAAAACAAAUUGGGAAAUCGCUUGGAAUUUGAUUCCCUAGUACUAUUCGCCAUUGUUGAAUCAGGUUACAGACUACAGAGGACUCCGCCUCCCACUAAAGCUUUUAGCAGAAGAGCAGAGGAGUUCUCCUCCAAUGGCGGAAAAGACACCUAUCGACUCACAAUCUGCAACUGGUACUACAUCACGACUGUUCCUCUCUGAUUCGGCAUCUUUUGCUGAUUUCUUCAACUGGGUUGUGAGCCCUUUGCACAUAAUUUCAUCCUUGCGAUAAAUUAUGAUUCCAAUCGUACGCUUGGCAGAGGGGGAGGAGGGUCCUUUAUGCUUUCGAUUUUUAUGCACUAGUGAAUCAUGAUUCAGUCUGCUUCUGCAAUUUCAAACUGGACAUAUGGGAUUUGGCUUAUUUGAUUUGUUUAUGUAUUGAAGAAGGGAAGCAUCCAAACAUCCACUCCCCAAAACAUACCACGGAAACGCAUGGAACAAGCAAUGACAUUGAUGAGAAGACCACCAUUGAUGAAGUAAAAGGGCCAGGGGUGUUUCAGCGGGCGAAGGAGGAGAUCGAGGCACUCGUCGAAACAAUUCAUCCCAACAAGGACAAGGAUGAUCACAAGUAAUCUUCAACAUAAUAGUAUGAAAGCUAGAAGGUUUGGCAAGUAUCUUGUUGUGUUAUGAGCUUUUGGGUUUAGGGUGAGAGAUUGAUCAGAAUGUGCAUUCAAUGGUGGCCAUUUCAUACAUCUGCUGAAUGGAUUGUAAUAUGAUGAUUCACCAUUGUGGUAAUUGCUCUAUUCUGGAGUAUGGAGAAAUUUUCAUGUUAUCCCUUGCCUUGUUUCUUUCUUGUGAUGUCAAUGCUCUCUUUCUGUAUGGAUGUUUGCUAUUGUUUUUUCAUCCAAAUUAUAAAAAGAUUGCUUAUUUGUUCAUCAAAUUCAUUCCUCAGACCUAAGGGCAAAUGUUGAUCUUGCCUUUAAUGCUUGCCUCAUACCUAUGACGCCGUUUUUUUUAUCAUCGUGUUGCAUUCCAUUCCAUCCCAUGUCCCGAACUGUAGAUAUCGUUCAUUUUGUGAAACUGUUUAUUAGCUGUGUAGUAAAUUUCCAACUUUCCACAAAACAGAAAGAUAGUUGGAUAGUAAUUGAUAUGACAGGUCUCAUAGGCACAAAAAUUGAUGACUGAUGGGUCUCCAAGAAAUCAUAUCAGGGAACUGCCCUUCGAUUCAAUGCAUACAAAUGACAAGGCCAUAAAGAAAUGGGGCAGUAAAAGAGCAGCACUGUUAUUAAUUAGCUACAACUACAAGGGAGUGCAUUGAAGGUGUGGAAAGAAGUUAUGAACCAUUUAUGUCCUCAAUUUGACAGGAGGCUGGAGCUUGGAAAUGGGACUUUGUUUUUCUUUUCCUUAUUUGUCCUCCUAAGUUUGCUUCACAAAGAAAUCACAGCUGAUGGAAUUGCAGAAAAACAUCGAUUUGUAGGUUGUGGACAAUAGUCAGGUAAGAAAGCUGCAGUGCAUUCCAAUAUAUGGUGUCAUGAACAUGAUUCAUGAAGAUGUGAAAGGUGCUGCCUUUAGUUUAGUGGCUUAUUCUUUUCCCCAUCAAUCACUCUUGGCCAAGUUAAAAGUAGAUCAAAUCUUUUUUUCGUUGAGUAAAGUAGAUCAAUUCUUGUCCAUUAUCUUUUGUUGUUUUUCUUUUGCCUGGGCAAAUGGUUGUUUUGAUGGGAAAGCAUGUUAUUACAUGACAAAAUGCUUGUAUGAAGAAAUUUCUUUUGUAGGUGGGAAGAAUAGGGUCCCUGUAAUUGGGGACUGUGAGUAUAUCGGCACAAGUGCAAGACUUGUUACACAGCAACAGUAACCCCCUUUUUUAUGUUAAAGAAAAGUGCAGUUGUUCUAACUUUUAACACUCAUAUGUAAAGCCUUUUAUCUUGUGUUUACUUUCACUUCUGUUCUUGAUUAUCCACAUCCAGUAAUAUCAUGAAUGAUUUUCUGUUGUUUUCAGUGCCACAAAAUCAUUACCAAAUCAGCCAUUUUAGAUCAGCAGCAGAUCCUGUAAAAGACCAAUCAAUGAAAAAUGGUGAGAUGAGAAGAACCGAGCUUUGUUCUUUAUUAUUUUCUGCUACCUUUCUGGCAUGCAUUCAUUUACUUGCCAUUUCCCCACAACAGAACCAACAAAAAGUGACAAAUCUUUGAUUACAUGAUUUGCUAUAUUAGCUGGCCAUUUGGUAAUCAAAUUAUCAUGUUACUGGAAUCUUUUAUUCGUUGCAAUUGUCAAAGUUUAUGUGUCUGUUGUUUGCACAUCUGUUGCAGUCUUGCAGAUGUACUACUGGAAGGGCAAUGAAGGAGAAAGGAGAGAAAGAGAGCGAAGGUUUGAAGGAGGAAGAACAAGCCAAAGAAAUGAAGUUGCAAAAUAUAUAUUCCUUUCUUAUUUACAGCUUGGGAUGAUUGAUAUGACGAAGGGCAAAGAAUCACUAGCCUGAGUGUUUCCCAGCGAACCAACCUUUGUGGGAAGGUGUUGACCUUUGGUACAGCUAUUUAUUUCAUUUAACAAACUCAUUAAAUGGUUUGUUCUGACACCAGUACUGCAUUGUUCUCAGACAAUUGAUUGGCUCUUCUGGUUUUUAUUUCUCGGUUUAUCACAUUUAAAAAAAGUGUCACUGCAACUGGAAUCCCUUUAUCCCCAAAACCUUUUCCCCAUCCAUCCAUAGGAAUGAAACUAUGAGAGGGGAGGGUGGUGGCUCUGCAGUCUAGACUCUAGACUAUGUUAAAAGAUUAAAAAGAACUCUUUUUCCUUUUCAUUUGUGUUAUCUUCUGAGAAAAUUUUGUGGUGUGCCAUUUGCAGGUAUUUUCUUCCAGUACCACUAAAAUAGGUAUUGGGUGCAGAAUCGGAUCAUCUGUGCUGCAUUGGAGUACAAUCCUAGAAGGAUUUUUAAGCUGAAAGAAAGAUAUGGCUUGUUUUCAAAGGUUAAGCAACCAAAAGAGUGUUGGGAAAAGAUUAUAUUUUUCUGAUUCUACUACACAACAAGGUGGGUCCUUCUGAUGAGUUGUCAAGUGAAGAAGACAAGAAACCGAAGAUCACUUCACUUGUCUUAGAAGUAAUAUCUCUGAAUCUUUCUCUCUCACUCACUUUCUCUCUGCUACACCUAGAAGGAAAACUAAGAGAAACCCAAGAAAACUAUUGGGAGCUCUUUGGACUUUGGAGGGUUCUGCCUUUUGGGGAAAUACUGUUAUUUUUAAUCCAGUUUCAAAGCUUAUGGCUUUUUGUAUAUAUAUGUGGAGACAGAGUUUUCAAAAUAAUCAUGCACGGUAGUAGUUGUUGUAGUGUGAGAGCUUCCUAAAGAAUCAGCUGCAUAUUUCCUUCACUUCUGUCUCUGUCUGUGUUUGACAUAGUUGGUUAUCAUUUCCAAUCCAGAGAUCAUCAUCAUUAGUCAAGAGGGUAGGCAGCUGGCUCUCUUUCUACAUAAGACCCGCAAUGGAUCCCAAAACCAUCACUACUUGCUCUCUUCUUCUUCUCGUAUUAGCUCUGCAAAUGAACUUGGUCUGUUCCACAAGUAGGCCUCUUACAGCUAAUCAACCAGUGAUUAGUCAGCAGCCAUCACAGUCUGUCCUGGAAGUAGAAUCUGGAACCCAUCUGAGCUCAAAUCAGGGGAUUGGUGAGGAAGCUUAUAACUCAAAAGGGUUUGGGAAAAUAGGAUCAAGCCCACCAAACUGUGAGCACAAGUGCUAUGGCUGCUCACCAUGUGAAGCAAUUGAAGUGCCUACAACUAGCAGAAGCCACAGCCAUGGCCUGAGAUUGAGCUAUGCUAAUUAUGAGCCAGAGAGUUGGAAAUGCAAAUGUGGGCCUUCUUUCUACAGCCCGUGAAAGAUAAGAGAUUAAUGAGUACUAUUCAGGGAUUCCUGACUUUGAGGGAAAAUAUGAACUUGAGUUAGAUAGUCACAUAUAUAGAUUUAGAGUUGUGUCUAAUCGUUUGUGUUACUGAUCUUGUAUGUGUAGGAGAUUACUCUGUUUCUGUUUGUGUACAAAUUUUGUUCUGCCGAUUGUCUUGAUUAUUUGAGUAGUCAGGAAAAGGAAAAGAAGAGGUUUUGGAUCAUUUGUAAUAUUGCUAUUGCACUCUAUGACGUUUUUCUUUGUUCUUUUUGGUGGAAUGCGACGGUGUUCUUCAGUUUUUCUUUGUUCUCUGAUUUCGAGCAUGUUUUGGCAUGAUGUAAAACACAAUAAAGCCAGUAUUGUUAA